AUGGCAUCCAGACAAAUGCUGAUCCUAAUCUCGGUCCUCGCCACUACGCUCAUCGGUUUAGCAGUAGCUACAGACCAUACCAUUGGUGGUCCUAGUGGUUGGACUGUUGGAACUAAUCUUGUGACGUGGGCUGCAGGACAAACAUUUUCUGUCGGAGACAAUCUUGCAGUUUUUGCUUACCCUUCUGCAUUCCACGACGUCGUUGAAGUAACAAAACCUGAAUUCGAUAGCUGUCAAGCGGUUAAACCGCUUAUAACGUUCGCUAAUGGAAACUCCAUUGUUCCUCUCACUACUCCUGGAAAAAGGUACUUCAUUUGUGGAAUGCCUGGACAUUGUGCCCAAGGGAUGAAACUCGAAGUAAACGUUCUUCCAAACGCAAACGCAGCACCAACCGCACCGCUUCAAAGCUCUGUCCCAUCUCUUAACGCACCUUCACCUUCUUCUGUCCUACCGGUACAACCUCUGUUGCCUCUUAAUCCCAUAGCUCCUUCUUCUUCUUCAACUCCGCUUCCUUCCUCCUCCCUGCCUCUUUUUCCGGCACAGUCACCGGCGCUUUCUCCAGUGGCUGCAGCAGGGACUUCUCUGCCGUUGUUCCCAGGCUCACCUGCAGGUAGCUCAAGCAGCACCACCACCAAAACCGUUGGGAGCUUCCCUUCUAGUGCUACUGGCACAACGACUGAUCUUUCCGGCGCAGGAGCCCCUCCGGUUGACUCCUCCUCCUCGGCUAAGAGCUUUGUUUUUGGAUUCGGAUUCGUGGUAACUAUGAUGCUUCAUUUGUUCUAA